AGCAGAUAAAAACUGAUUUUAUUGAUUGAAGAUAAACAACCAUCUCCUACAAGAAAGUUUCAAGUGACAGAUGUGCAGAGAUAGAGGAUGGAUCCAGCACCAGCCUGCCCACCUGAAAUCCGCCUAAGUGACAGAGAAGAGCCUUACCACUCUCAGUCAGGGCCACAACCCUUCUCUCAUUUCUCCCUUCAUCAUCACCAACCAUUUUCUCCACAAACCAACACAUGGUCUGAUAGCAGAGCUGAGCAAUGUUGUCCACAUGAGCUUCAUCAUGUAAGGAUCAAUGACUCAGCAUUAGAAAGAGCAUACACAGCUGAAAUGCUCCUUAGGAAAAUUGUUUCUGAUCACUGUUGGGCACAAAGGGAGUCACACCCAAACCAGCAGUAUCUCCACCCAGGUCCCAUCCAAACCGAGAUACAAGCUCAGGAGAGCCCCUAUGGCUUAAAUUUCCAGCCAGUCUUUUGCCACCCAUCACUCCACCUUCUAUCACCAGAUGCCAGGGGCUGGCAAAAAAUGAAACCACCAUUACCAAAGCACGUACUGACUCCAUGUUCAUCGCAAGACUGCCGCUGGCUUGAUAUGAGCCCCUGCUCCUCCAAGCCUACAUCCAGGUUUGAUUUGUGUCCCCAUGUGGCGACUCCAUCCAGCCCAUAUUUACCUUCCCAUUCUUCACUCCAGCUGCCUGAUCUUUGUCGAUGCUGGUGUAUGUGUGCACAUACCACACCAGUCCAUCAGCCCUGUGGUCCAAGUCUGUUGUCAAGGAAUGCAGAUGCAGAAAUGAAAGCUAGAAGGAAGUUAAACCUAAUGCCAGAGUCUACAGCAGCAGGGAAGCCAAACAGCAAAAAGGCCAAGUCAGAAGGAAAUAAGCAGAACAACACUACACACAACAAGAACGAACUACGAGAAAACGCAACCAGUGAUCACGCAACCAACUUAGCUGGACCUCUGCCCUGUUUGGAUGAAGAGCUGCCGACCAAAUGUGCCUCUGAGAAAUAUAUAGUGAUUACAGACUCCCUCAAGAUCCAAGACCCCAGUGGAGAAAAGGCAAACCCAGAGAGGGAACAUGGAUCAUUUCUGGAGUAUCAGGAUGAGCUCUGCAGUGAUGAGGACUUUGUCAGAAAGGUGGAGCAGACACUGAACACAGACUACCCGACUUCCCUCCUGUCUUCAGACCCAAAGCCACUUGACCUUCUUGAACUGGAAAAACAAGAGCACAAGGAGAUGCCGGAGGAGAAGCGACAUCAGCCUUCUGCCAGCUCCACCACUGACCCUGUAACACACGCUAGCACAUCUCUGGUGAGGUCAACACUGAAUACAGAGUUGCUGAAGUCCCUCCUUUCCACAGAGAGCAUUCCAGUAAAAGCAAAACAAGAGGAGCUGGAGGUGAUCCUCCAAGAGCAAUUACAUCCACCUUCUGCUGACUACAACUGCAAAGCUGUAAUGGAAGCAACAUCCCUGGUGACUUCAUGUGUCAAACAAAGAGCUCAGUCAUCCAUUUUAAAUCCUGCAGGGACUUGGUCUGACCCAAAUUUAAACCAUAAUGGACCGAGUGCAGCUCAGAGUACAGGGAAUAUGGGGCCAACAGAAGGCGGGCCCAGCUGCUCCCCACUCCUGCCUUCACACUAUCUAGAAGAAACGCUACAAAAUGAUGCCUCGCCAGGACACUACAACCCUGCCAAUGCCUGGUCUAACCUUUGUGACUAUGGCUCUCUACUCUCCUCCCCAGACACUAGGCUUACUUCUGAUUUGGAAGCCAAUGAUUAUGAUGUAUUUGCAGCCAUAUUUACAGCAAGUGACAGUCCAGACUUGUCAGAAGAUGCAUCAGUGUACUUCUCAAACUCUGCAGAAAUACAGUCAACUCAGUCAUUCCAGAAUAUCAAGAGAGAAACUCAACCUGGGGAUCCUCCUGCCUCCGAGUCCCCCUCAACAUCUGGUGUUUCAGGGCCAGAUGAGGAUGGUGAGCUUUUGAUUGAUAACCUCUCACAUGCAGCUAGCUCUCCAGCUCAAAGUGGCUGGGCUUGUAAAAGACUUCUUCACACACCGCCUUCAACAUCAGCCCAGAUAACAGAGACCGAGGAACAAUCUAGCUCCAAAACCUCAUACCUCGAGGAUAUGUCACAUCCACUCGAAGAGGACCACAAAUUCAAAAAUCCUGCGACCGCUAAUUCAUCUUUUGUGGCACAUUCCCAGACAGAAUCCUGUGAUCCCCAUUCAUCAGGCCCAGUGCCUGACAAACGGGUAUUGGAGUCUUCAGGAGGACUGCAAGUUGCUAAUGAGCUGGCAUACCCCGUCAUCGCCUCCGAAUGCCGAAGAGAAGGGCGGGGUGACACGGCGAGAAAAAGUGAGAAAAAUCUGGACGAUGUAAUAACAGCAAGUCAAAGGUCAACAGCUAUGAAAGCAAGAGAAGAAGGGAUUAUAGAAAAUGAGUCAAAACUCAAGGAAGGAAGAAACACCGUGAAACUCAGGUGCAGUCAAAGGCUGCUUGAAAAAGGCAAAGCUACACAGAGUGGUAAACUCCUAGUAGGAAGAGUAGAGGAGAGGAAACAGAGUGAAAAGAGAGUUAACACAGCAACAUUUUAUGAACAGAAAAGACGGUCCUUAGGAGAAAGGCAACUGCGUAAAAGAGGAGCAAGUCAUUUUCAAGAGUGGAGCCAAGGAGUAAAAAUAAAUACAGUGAAGCAAUUUUCAGAGAUGGGAAAGAAGGAACAAAAGCACAGAGGGCAGAAGCAACAACUCAAGACAGGGCCAGAAAAACAGCACAAGGCCAGUAAUUCCAAAUUCUGCACCAAACUGGAUGCAGAAGAUGCUCUUUUGAUCAAAAUGCCACAAAAGAUGAGAAAGACAGCUGAGCAAAGACUAGGAAGCAAAAAGAGGUGGCACAAGGUGCCUGAGGUACCACAUCACUCAUCCAGGCCCAAACCAAGCCCAGACCAGACAGCACAUGUCAGAGGUGAAGAUAAAAGGACAAACAGAGAAGAGGCAGAGAGCACGAGCUAUACACCUAGUCCAGUGAAGAGAUGUCGGCAGGAGCACGAAGCUUCUGAAGAGACUGAAACAGCGGAGUCAGUGAGAGACAAGGUGGGGAUGGAAACAAACACUCAGGUUAAGUCCAGUCAAAAGAGCAGAGUGGAAGUCACGAGCGAGAGCAGAAAAAGGAAAAGCAUCACAGUAAAAACAAGAUGUAAUCAAACUUGAGACAACCAAGUGAA